AUGUCUAAUUGGAGUUCUGAUCAUGAGGUUGAUCAAAUCGUAGAGGAGGAAGUUGAUAGUAUAGUGGAAGGGAUUCAGUACAACUGCACUCAAGAGGAAGAACCACCAGCUCCAAUAUUCCGACGAGUGCACAUAAAUAGAGACCGCGAAGAAGGCCACACUUGGCAAUGGAAUGAUUAUUUUGGUGAGAAUCCGACUUACACUCCUGCUAUGUUCCACCGUCGCUUUAGAAUGAACAAACCAUUAUUCGAACGCAUAGUCAGUACUAUUGAGAAUGGAGUCCCGUACUUCAAACAAAGACGAGAUGCUACUGGAAGGCUCGGUCUUUCUGCACUUCAAAAAUGUUCAGCAGCUAUACAUAUGAUGGCAUAUGAAUGUUCGGCAGAUGCGGUGGAUGAAUAUUUACGACUAGCUGAAACAACCGCACACAAAUGCCUUGAAAAAUUUGUAGAAGGAGUUAUCCAUCUAUUUGGAGACAUUUAUCUCAGAAGACCUAAAACGGAAGACCUCCAAAGAUUACUGAAUAUUGGAGAACAACGCGGUUUCCCCAGAAUGGUGGGGAGCAUAGAUUGUAUGCAUUGGGAGUGGAAGAAUUGUCCAAUUGCAUGGAAAGAACAAUAUUCACGUGGAUCUGGAAAACCGACAAUCGUACUAGAGGCACUGGUAUCCCAAGAUUUAUGGAUUUGGCACGCAUUUUUCGGACCACCGGGUACGUUAAAUGAUAUCAAUGAUUUGGACCGCUCACCGGUGUUUGAUGAUAUCUUAGAGGGCCGAGCUCCAAGAGUUUCAUACGUUGUCAAUGGACAUCAAUACGAAAUGGCGUACUACCUCACUGACGGUAUUUAUCCCAAAUGGGCAACUUUCAUCCAAUCAAUUACACUACCACGUGGUCGAAAAGCUAAACUCUUUGCUCAAUGUCAAGAAGCAUGCCGUAAAGAUUGGAAGACGAACGACAUGAAUACAUUUCUACUAUCCAACGGAGUUCCAUCACGGCGAAGGAAGCAGAACUUCUCAUGUUGA